AAAUAGUACAGAUCCACACUUUCGCAUUCGCGGAACAGAUUCGUUGCGAAUGCCGCUCGAUAUUUUUGUACGGUACGCGCGGAUCGUUCGCCAAGCGAGUCGAUGAAACGCGACGAAACGGAACCGAGUUUCGCGAAAACGAGAGAAAAAUGCGUAACAAGGACGAGUCAGAAGUAUCAAGUCAACACACGACUGUAUUCGAUGGCGAACAAUAACCGACUGACUCGCAUCGAGGAGACAACGAGUGACGAAUGGUCGGCACCGAAGUAUCACGGAUAGCUUCUUUCUCUCGUAAACAACAAACCGUUAAUUGUCCAACGCGUGGGUUUCCGCCAGACCGUGGACUUCUCCGUCCGACUCUCGGAACUGGGAAACCCGGUUCUCGCAGCCAGCGUCAAAGAACAGAAGUUCGAUAAUAAUUAUCCAGCGAGUUUGCAGAAACAGGGGAGUUCCGUUCGUUCGGCGCGCUCGGAGAACAAAGGUUCCUUGGUCGAGCGCCGGGAGGAAGAUAUUCGUGAAAUUUAACAAAGCGGGCUCGGUCUGGAAAUUUGAAUGGUAAAGGGAAAAAUAGAGGAGUGCCGGGGACGCCGUCUUCGCUAAAGGACCACGCCGCGACCGAUGAUUUUAAAGAGAUCCGAGAAAAACAUGUUCGCGCGAGCCAAACCGAACCCAUGGAAGAACCGAUCGAGAAAGAUCGAGCGACGCGAGACGCUGCUCUCCACCGUUCGACGUUACUGCGCGAGCGCCUCGUUCCACGGACUCAGAUACGUCGUCGAUCCGCGUCUCCACAAGAUCGAGAGAUCGCUCUGGUUCGCCGUGUUCGCGGUCCACGCGGCCGUCGCAGCCUCCGUCAUUUACUACGUUGCUUCCAAGCUUCAGGCAGCCCCGACGUCCAUCGGUAUCGAGUCGAUGAAUCACAGAAUUUCCAGCCUUCCGUUUCCGAGCGUCACCCUUUGCCCCAACAACCGCGUCGACUGGGACAAAGCCGUGGACCUCGAGAAACAGAUAUUUUCCAACUCCACCGACCAACAGACGCUGCAAACUUUCCGCGACUUUCUCGCUGGACUCUCGGUCCUCAGCUUCGGUGAUUUUCAUCGACUAGAUUUUUUGAAACGCGUCAGACUCGACGGACUGAUGGACGUGAACGUGACGGAUGCGUUGCUGCAAGUGGUGCCGAAUUGCGAGCAGCUUUUCACCGACUGCUGGUGGCGCAACUCGAACCGAGACUGCUGCGAGAUAUUCGAGCUGCACAAAACGGAGUACGGGUUCUGUUACUCCUUCAACUCGCAGCUAGCCGAGAAGACCGUUCGACGGAAGCAUCACGGACACCGCGAGGAACGACCACGUCGGGCAACGAGCUUCGGCGCCUGGAGCGGCCUCAGGGUCACCGCUCGUUUCAUAAACGUAACCAAACCUCCAGAUUUCGACGAAGCUGACAGCAUUAUAUUCAUACUGGAGGAUCCGCGAGUUUGGCCCACCAACGGACGAAUGAUCCCGAUAAACUCGCUAACCACGGUGUCCUUCGACUGCAUCUCUGGAUUCGCCACGCAAUCUAUUCACGAUCUGGGCGAGAGCAGGGCACCUUGCCGACACCUUCCCGGCAGUUUGUACACUCAAGAGACUUGUCUGUCUAUGUGCAAGAGGGAGCACGUCAUCAAACACUGCGGUUGCAACCCGUCGUUCCUGUUUCCAUCGGUUUCUCAGCGUGAUUGCGGCGUUAAGGAUUUCCUCUGCCUAAUCGAUCACAACGAUCUCUACAAGGACAACGCGUUCACGGAUGAAAAAGGGCCGAUCGACGAGGAUGCCAUGGUCUGCGACUGUCCACCAGCGUGCGACUAUUACAUCUACACGCCGCAUUUAGCCGCGGUACGAACCUAUCGAUCGCAGGACAUCACGCUGGACGUACACUUUUCCAGCCAGGCGAACUUCCGGUACAAGAUGGAUCUGAUUUAUUCGAACCUGCAUUUCCUUGUGUCUUUCGGCGGCAUAAUCGGCUUAUUUCUCGGGGGCUCGUUACUCAGCGCGGUAGAGCUGAUUUAUUACCUGAUGGUCCUCGUGUUCUCCUACCUUCGCUGUUACCGUUCGCCCGGCGGCCAACAAAUUCGACCGGGAAGAGCGAUGGCAGUCGACGAUGGCGGCUAUCCACCUACGCUUUCCGCGCUGUCCGUUCCGAAUUACAACUCUAUAAAGCCGAGAUCGAGGAGAAGCCCGAUCUUAGUGAAUUACACGUCCGUGAAAUCGAAUUUAAACAGGUAUUGAGCCGAGAUGGGGAGACGCCUCGUUUCUAACGAGUCGCUCCCCGAAAUCGUGAUUACCAUUACUCACGAUUUAUCGCCCGAGUCGAUGGUCGAAUGAGACAAAAAGAUAAACCGCCAGGGGGAUAAAAGAGAACGGAAGCAAGGGAAACAUCGCUGGAACAGCAUCGAUUUCGCAUAACUGUCCUGUUUCUCUUUUUUUUCUUUUACUUUUUACUGCAAAUAGAAGUGUCGCGGAUCGACGAUAAUCGCCGCCACGAAACAUCGACUAUCGCGGCUUCUCGGCGAUUACUGGAAUUAUGUAAACGCGUCAUACAUUUCGCUGGCGUUUAUCAAACGAAUCGUCCGCACCAAUAUACAGUAAAAACUGGAUAAAUGCAAGAUUCCCUCUCGACGACCGAGCGAGAAGUGUAAUGUUGGUUUGUCUGGAGAGUACGUGCCGAUUUUUGGAAGGUGGUACAGGUGAAUGUGUAUAUUGAAAUGAUUGAAAACAAAUAAUAAAUGUACAUCCGUUAAAAAGUGAAAAGCUUGUGGAACAAUAUGGUACUUAUAUAAUUCAAUAAAUAUAUAUCAAAUUUUAAAACGAGCCUUUGAAUUUUUCUUAGAAAUUGGCACGAACUUUCUGGACAACCCGAUACGAUCCUAACCGAUUGAUAACGCUUCUGCCGACUGCCUGUUUGUCCCCUGACCUCUUUCUCUCUCGCUCUGUGUCCUUUUCUACGUUCCCGCCAAACAUAAACACAGAACAGAAACCUCGACCGGAUAACAGCAAUGUUUGGAUCCCGAUUUUCUUGCACAUAUCCAGUUUUCACUCCACGUAGCCGUAAAAAGAUCGGUAGCAUGGAUCCUCGGGAACGUACCAACCUACGUAACAUCCGAUACUAAUACGCGUUUAUUCGACCGUAUUUCGUACUUUCUUCAUCCGUUGUCUAUCUCCCCGUUUUAUUCCGUCCGUCCAAACACGAGUCACCUUACAUCUGUUUGCGCAUAAGUAGUAAAUAAAUGCGAAUGCCUCCCGUCGUAUCGCUUAUUUAUCCACCGUACUCCACUGCGUAUCUUCUUCGAUCGAAUACGCUCGAGAUUCUUGUAGCGAGCGGAGCGAAAAAUUUCCAUCGAUGCUGUCGUUGACCGAAAUGCUGCGAGCACGACGACUCGUAGCAAUCGGGACAUAUUUUCAAAUUUAUUUUUUUUUUUUUCGAAAACAGAGCGUCGCGCGAACAAAUUUUAUUCUACAUUUUCGAUUCAAUAUUUUACGUAGAAUCAGCAGUUACGGGACACACCUUGUACAUCCGCACAUAAGAACGACGGGCAGAGGUGGUGCCUGGAGGUCUCGAAAAGAACUCGAGUCGUCUCCUCCGUCACGUUGCGAGCGACAUUUGCGCGCGAAUAUUCUCGUUCCAUAGAGGGUGGGAACGCUUUACAUCCGGCCGGUUGAGAUGGAACUAAAUGUACUACCCGUCUGCCGGAUCCCCAUUUAGCCAUUUAUUAUUUAUGAGGUGCGGCGACGAAGGAAAGAGAGAGAGAGAGAGAGAGAUCGGGCAAAGGGUGAGGUGAGAAGUUGCACUGUCCGACGACGACGACGACGACGACGACCGAGCUGCGAGA